AUGUCUUCCUUUUUUGUUGCUUAUCCAAUUGUGCAGCUGCAAACUUUUUUUAUUAUCCUUGCGGGUGCUGCACCGUCUGGUAUUAUCGGCCUGUCUAGAAUCAGCACCUCAUCUCAAAUGCUGCGACUCCCAGGCAGCAGUGACGGCCGCUGCUAUCCAGCAGCUGGACUUCCAUGCGAUCGAAACGUCCAGCUCUCCGACACUGAAUUCAAAUCGGUAACAUCCAAUUGCGGUCUCAAAGGCAAAUGCGUUAAUGGCCGCUGUGUGGAAGAUAGAUGUACCGAUGUGACAUGCACCGAAAAUGAAAUAUGCCGAGAUGGUGCUUGCUGGUCGGUCACUGACUCAUUCUGUAUUACGCAUUUUGAUUGUGGACCAAUUUUCGAAUGCCACGAAAACAAAUGCGUCCCACUGAAGAGGCCACUCUCAUGUAACUGCGAUCCAGGCGAGGUGUGCCAGCAGGGGACAUGCUUCCCGGAUCCAAAAUGUGCUCACGUAUCUUGCUCGACCGGCUCUUUUUGCGUAGAUGGGACAUGUCAAACGGCAGUUGGUCGUGACUGCAUCAAUUCAGCGUGUGAAGGAGGUACAAUAUGUGUGAAUGGACGUUGUAUUCUGGAUCCAUGCACCAAUCGUUGUCCUCCGGAUCAUGCAUGUCGUGAAGGUCAGUGUAGGCUGCUGCAAGGAUUACAGUGUCAUGUCGAAUGUCCGAAACCGUAUGUUUGCGUCGAUGGGCGUUGCACAAAAAAUGCAUGUUUCGGUAAAAGCUGUCAGAUUGGUGAAACUUGUGAGAACGGUAUCUGCAUCAAAGUUGAGGGACGGCUAUGCAGCUUGGCAGUGCGCGAUUGUGCUGAACACUUUGAAUGCUUUUCCGGCACAUGUCAAGAUAUCUUUCAAAUGACCGGCGUAAUCACAGACAACGCGAAUAACACUGUUUUAUAG